AUGGGACGGCGACGACCGGCGACGGCGGCGCGGGCGAUCGUGGGGGGGGUGCUCGCGCUCGCGAGCGUCGCGGUGCCGGCGCGAGGGGCGUUCAGCGUGAUGCCGUCGACGGGGACGGGGACGACGGUGACGUACGCGGGGACGGCGGCGUUUCGCGAACGCGUCGUGGACGCGUGCGGGACGUGCGGCGGGGACGGCGCGGCGUGUCAGGGAUGCGAUGGCGUGACGAACAGUGGGAAGGUGUUCGAUGCGUGCGGGGCGUGCGGGACGGCGUGCGAUAAGAGCGAUACGUCCAUAACGUGUACGUUUAACGCCACGUGCGAGGACUGCGCGAGCGUCACGGGCGGCGCCGCGACGACGGACGCGUGCGGGAAUUGUAAAGCGCCGACGGACGCGACGUUUUCGCGAGAGGGGGUCCCGGAUCAUCAUCUCGGUGGCUGCGUCGGGUGCGAUGGAGUCGCGAAUAGCGGAGCGGUGAUGGACGUGUGCGGGGUGUGCGGCGGGAACGGGUGCUCGGGAACGGAUCCGUCGCUGUGGAGCUGGUGCUGCGAUUGCGCCGGCGUGGCUUUCGGGACGAGCGCGCAAGAUUUGUGUUGUGAAUGCAUCGACGGCGCAUCGUACUACCCCAACGGUGUGAAACCAGCCGAGCACACGCAGAUAGAAAAUUUAUGGACGCAAGGGCAAGAGGCGUUCGCGGCGGCGGCGGCGACGAUGACGACGUUUCGCGCGCUGGUAGAACCAAGACACAAGGCUGCGGCGCAGACGCUCUAUGAACAGGCAGAACAGGCGUUCAAAGAUGCAUGGGCGCUCGUCGCCACGCAGGCCGCUGUUCCAGGUACGACGAUGUGCUAUCCAGAGCUCACGGCUUUACCGCAAGUGACAAACAAUCGCGACGCGUGCGGCGUUUGCAAGGGGCAGCUUUCGUCUUGUUUAGGUUGUGCGACGAGCGCGACGCCGCUUCCGGUAGGGCCGUUAGAGGGCUUGUAUCCAGAUGAUUGCGAUGUGUGUGGUGGAUCGACUGAGGUGGAUGUGUGUGGGAUUUGUGGAGGGAGUAGCAACGGCUUGGAUUGCGUCGGUUGCGACGGCAUCGUCGCGAGCGGUAAAGUGCAAGACGCGUGCUACGACUCUGACGACACAAGAAUGUAUAGUAUCGACGCCGUUUCGGGAGCGAAGACGCUGCUCGUACAAGUUGGCGAGGUUGGUAGCGGGUGUAGCGACCCCGAUGCUUUCAUCACCGCGUGUGCAGCGGGGGGCGGCGGAUGUUGCGGUUGUGACGGCGUGCCGAAUAGCGGUAAAACGCUCGACGCAUGUGGCUCGUGUUUAGCGGCGGAUGCCACGGAUAGGAAGACCAACGCGAAUGCGUGCGAAGAAAUCUUCCUCGUUAAACUUCCAAGCGGUGUAGUGAUCGGUCCAUUCACGAAAGAACAGAUCCGAGGAGGAUCUUUGACGUACACCGAAUCGUCGACGAACACGGAGACGAUCUACACCAUCGAGCCGGAUUCGCAGAUUGCUAACGCUGCAGUUAUUGAUGUCACUGAAAGCGUCGAAUACGGCUACACUUCCGUCGAGCAAGAAUAUUUAGAUUCUUGGCAGUCGAUUUUUGUGAGCGGACGAGCGGAUGUGAUCAGCUCCACGAGCGUGCCGAACACGGUGAACACAGUCGUCGUCACUGGUAGUCGAGUGACGAAUACGAGCGAAUAUCAAGCGUUGCAAGUGAAACCGGAAUUCGUCGGUGUUAUUUAUCCGUUUUGCACGGGGGCGACGUAUCGGGCUGGUCAUAGACUGCACGGCAAGAAAACGGGGUCGAACUAUUUAGGAAUCAUCACCACGAGCGCGAGUAUGCCGGAAGACUGGACCGAGGCACAGUCACGUCUCGAUCGUGACUGGAACCCGUAUUCGGAGAGAGUGUUGGACUACGUCGCAGAAUGGGCCGAUCAGCGGUGUACGUGCGUCGCCGACUGGAGAACUGAACCCGAGCCCGUACCUCCAACAUGUGAGCGGGUUUGGCUGCAAGCGAGCGAGGAAAAGAAAAGUUCAAAGAUGGAGCGGAGCUGGGCGAGCGGCUCGUGGCGCGUUACGGGUGGUUGGUGGACGCAAGACUUUGGGCAGAAAACGACGACCACGCAAAAUGCUGCUCGCGGACCAAGACGUAUAGACUCAUUUGGGACGCUGCGCACACGACUCUCGCGUACGGCGAGCCAAGAAACCGACGAGCUCGGGGCGUGCGACUACAAAGCACUACGGGUCAUCGAUCCCGUGCGAAACGCGAGCGGCGCGGUGUGGUAUCCACAGCAACAGCAAGUCGCGCAAGGAUUCAACGUGACCUUCAAGUUCAUGAUCACGCAACCGACAGUCACAUGUGACUACGCCGAGAGCGUCAGCGGUGCGUUCGUGCAGUCUUUACACACUAAGCUCUAUGAAAAGUGUACGACUUCGGGCGGCGACGGCUUUGCGUUUGUCAUUCGCGACGAUAGCGCUUCGGCGCCGGGAGCGACAGACAUCGGGUUCGAUGGUCCCGGAUUGGGAUACGGUGGCAUCACCAAUUCGAUUGCGUUCGAGUUCGACACCGUGUUCACCGCAGCAUAUAACGAACCACGUGAGAGUCACGUCGCGAUUCACACUCGCGGUAAAUCCCCAAACACGGCGCAUUCGGCGGCGAGCCUCGCGACCGUCGCUCUUGACGGUUCCGUGCCCACGACGAGCAUCACCGACGGUCAGAUUCACGAAGUCUUCAUCACGUACAAGCCCAACAUCACCUCUGAGGAGAUGUUUUUCGCCAUCGAGUCCGGUGAAAUCACCGGUUUGUCCACCGCCCUCAGCGCGCACACCGCCGACUCCCUCGGAGUCGUCUCCGUCUACCUCGACGACAUGUCCUCACCGCUGAUGAGCGUCCCUUUCAACAUCGAGAGCAUCUUGCGCGACUCCGCCACGAGCGGCAGCGCGUGGGUCGGCUUCACCGCCGCCACGGGAGAUCUCUGGCAAGCCGUCGACAUCUUAGAGUGGAACAUGACCUCGGUCUCCGUCUCGUGACGGCGGCACGGUCAGACGGUUGUAAC